AACACUUCCUGUUUGUUGUUGACGGCUGAACUGCGUUUGAGCUCCGUCACUAUAUUCUUUUCAUUGACUAUUUUUAACUUAAAAAUCUAUUUUAUACACCAUCGUUUCCGUUUAUAUAACGCGUGAAUAUAUCCUCUAUUGUAUUCUACAACAAAAACAAUUAGAGCGACUCGCUAUCACUAGAUUUAUUUUGAUCUCCCGGGUCCGCUAUUAGCUUUUAGCCAGUUAGCAUCAGCAAGCGUGGUUGCUGCUAACUGAGCUUACAUUGCUAAUACUCUAUUCACACACAUUACCACUGCUGUACUCACUGUUACUUGCUUUAAUGGCGGAUGAAUGUCUCCACUCUGUGCAGCUCGAGCUCGAGGCCGUGGGGAAGCAGAUUCGCGACCUGGAACGGAGGCAGGCCGAGCUGAGAGAGCGGAGAGCCGCGCUGGAAUCAUCCCGGGCUGACGCUCACAAGUCCGGGGUAAGUAUACAGCGUGCUGUUAACAGUCCCACCACGUCUACUCCGUGUGUUUCUCUGCGCAGGCCCGGUGCACCCAGGACGCGAUCUUCCCAGAUGUCCUUCACUGCGACGCCGGGACACCACGGACCCUGGGUGCAUCCACAGCGGAGGAUGCGAGCCGGGUCCCGGGCGACGACAUCUCCCCCUCCUGCCUUCGAGAUCUCCAUCCAGAACCGCUUCGCUCCCCUCCGCGAGACAGGACGCGACGCUGUGAUCAUCGGAGACUCCAUCGUCCGACACAUACCCGCGAUCCUGAAGGACGACGAGAGCCCGAGAGCGGUCGUGCUUCACGCCGGGGUUAACGACACCACGCUGCGGCAGACGGAGACGCUGAAGAGGGACUUCAGGAGCCUGAUCGAGACGGUUCGCAGCACGACGCCCGCGGCGACGAUCGUCGUGUCAGGACCACUGCCCACGUAUCGACGAGGACACGAAAGGUUCAGUAGACUUUUUGCUUUAAAUGAAUGGUUGUUGUCAUGGUGUAAAGAACAGAAACUGCUAUUUGUUAAUAACUGGAAUCUUUUCUGGGAGCGUCCUAGACUGUUUCGCGCUGAUGGAUUACACCCCAGCAGAAUCGGAGCGGAGCUGCUCUCUGACAACAUCUCCAGGACACUUCGCUCCAUGUGACUAGUAAGUCAAUUCUCAAAUAACCAUUAUGAUGAGUUUUGUUCCACCCGCUUAAAUGAUAAAAGUACUUGUGCUGUAAAACCUAUUAAGACUGUGUCUGUUCCCAGAAUAGUGAGGUCAAAAUAUAAAUAUAAAUAUAAUGUAGGAUCUAGAAAAAAUCUUAUCGUAAUUAAAACAGAAAAAUGUAAAGUAAAUGAACAAAAACAAUUUUUAAAGUUUGGGCUCAUAAAUAUUAGAUCACUCACACCAAAAGCAGUUAUUGUAAAUGAAAUGAUCACAGAUAAUAGUUUUGAUUUACUCUGCUUGACUGAAACCUGGCUAAAACCAAAUGAUUAUUUUGGUCUAAAUGAGUCUACUCCACCAAACUACUGUUAUAAGCAUGAGCCCCGUCAGACUGGUCGUGGCGGGGGUGUUGCAACAAUAUAUAGUGAUAUUCUCAAUGUUACCCAGAAAACAGGAUACAGGUUUAACUCUUUUGAAAUACUAAUGCUAAAUGUUACUCUGUCAGACAUGCAAAAGAAAUCUAAUGUAUCUCUUGCUCUGGCUACUGUGUAUAGACCACCAGGGCCGUAUACAGAAUUCCUAAAAGAAUUUGCAGAUUUCCUCUCAGACCUUCUAGUUACAGUUGAUAAGGCGCUAAUCAUGGGAGAUUUUAAUAUUCACGUUGAUAAUACAAAUGAUACAUUAGGACUUGCGUUUACUGACCUAAUAAACUCCUUUGGAGUCAAGCAAAAUGUCACCGGGCCCACUCAUCGUUUUAAUCAUACACUAGAUUUAAUUAUAUCGCAUGGCAUCGAUCUUACUGCUAUAGAUAUUGUACCUCAAAGUGAUGAUAUUACAGACCAUUUCCUCGUAUCGUGCAUGCUGCGUAUAACUGAUAUUAACUAUAUGUCGCAGCGAUACCGUCUGGGCAGAACUAUUGUUCCAGCCACCAAAGACAGAUUCGCAAAUAACCUGCCUGAUCUAUCUCAACUGCUAUUUGUACCCAAAAAUACACAUGAAUUAGACAAAAUUACUGACAACAUGGGCACUAUUUUCUCUAAUACAUUAGAAGCUGUUGCCCCAAUCAAAUUGAAAAAAGUUAGAGAAAAACGUACUGUACCAUGGUAUAACAGUAAUACUCACUCUCUCAAGAAAGUAACUCGUAGUCUUGAACGCAAAUGGAGAAAAACUAACUUAGAAGUUUUUAGAAUUGCAUGGAAAAACAGUAUGUCCAGCUAUAGACAGGCUCUAAAAACUGCUAGGGCAGAGCAUAUACACAAACUCAUUGAAAA